AUGAAGAGCCUUAUUGUAAUCAAAUGGGUUUUAAUACUACUCAUCGGAGUAAUCUUCAACAUCUGUUGCAUAGAAGCAGAUACAAUCAAAGAAGAUAAACACACUCUUCUUCAGUUCGUUAGCAACAUCAAUCACUCUCAUUCACUCAAUUGGUCACCAAAUCUUUCUAUAUGUACUCAAUGGACCGGUGUUACCUGCAACUCCGAUCACUCCAACGUCGUCGCUCUCCAUUUAGCAGCCACUGGUCUCCAUGGGGAUAUCGAGCUAAGCAUGAUAGCCAGGUUAACUAAUCUUCAGUUUCUCAUUCUCAGCUCUAACAACAUCUCUGGACAUUUUCCUCCAAAUUUCAUAGCUUUGAAGAACUUGACCGAGCUGAAACUCGACUUCAACGAGUUUUCUGGUCCUUUGCCUUCUGAGUUCUCUUCUUGGGUUCAUCUACGAGUUCUUGAUCUUUCUAACAAUUGGUUUGAUGGUAUAAUUCCAUCUUCGAUUGAGAAGCUGGCCCGUUUAAACUCACUGAAUCUUGCGUAUAACAAGUUUUCUGGUGAGAUUCCGAAUCUGCAUAUUCCGGGUCUGAAGCUGCUCGACUUAACUCACAACAAUCUGACAGGAACAGUACCACAGUCAUUGCAGAGAUUUCCACUUUCAGCAUUUGUCGGAAACAAUGUUUCCUCAAGAAAGCUGGUUCCUGUUCAUUCAUCAAUAAGGAAACACCACAACCAUGCAGUUCUUGGCAUAGCAUUAAGCGCAUGUUUUGCGCUACUAGCUUUGCUCGCUAUCUUACUGGUGAUCAUCCAUAACAGAGAAGAGCAAAGAAGAUCAACGAAGGACAAACCUAGCAAGAGGAGGAAAGAUUCAGAUCCAAACGUGGGUGAAGGAGAUAACAAGAUUGUGUUUUUCGAAGGGAAGAAUCUUGUCUUCGACUUGGAGGACUUGUUGAGAGCUUCUGCAGAAGUUUUAGGGAAAGGACCGUUCGGGACAACCUACAAGGUUGAUCUCGAGGACUCGGGGACGAUCGUCGUGAAAAGGAUCAAGGAAGUGUGUGUGCCUAAGCGAGAAUUCGAGCAGCAAAUCGAACACCUUGGCAACAUCAAGCAUGAGAAUGUUGCCACUUUAAAAGGAUACUUCUACUCUAAGGACGAGAAGCUUGUGGUUUAUGAUUACCACGAACAUGGAAGUCUUUCAACAUUACUACACGGUCAGAGAUGUCUAACGAAUCGGAAGCCUCUAGAUUGGGAAACUAGACUGAAUAUGGUGUAUGGAACAGCAAAAGGAGUAGCUCAUAUCCAUUCACCAAGCGGAGGCAAACUAGUCCACGGGAACAUAAAAUCCACAAAUGUUUUCCUCAACGCGAAAGGAUAUGGUUGCAUCUCUGGAGCAGGAAUGGCCACACUGAUGCAUUCGCUCCCUCGACAUGCAUUUGGUUACCGUGCACCAGAGAUAACAGACACAAGAAAGGCGACUCAAGCGUCGGACGUGUAUAGUUUCGGGGUUUUGAUAUUCGAGGUACUUACAGGAAAAUCAGAGGUGGCUAACCUGGUGAGGUGGGUGAACUCGGUGGUUAGAGAGGAAUGGACCGGAGAGGUGUUUGAUGAAGAGCUUUUGAGGUGUACCCAAGUGGAGGAAGAGAUGGUAGAGAUGCUUCAGGUUGGUAUGGUUUGCACGGCGAGAUUGCCGGAAAAGAGACCAAGCAUGAUUGAUGUAGUGAGAAUGGUGGAAGAGAUAAGACCGGAGAAGCUAGCCAGCGGAUCCAGGUCAGAGGUUUCCACAGGCUCAACACCAAUUGGAAGUCUAUCAGGAUCGCCGUAUAUACUUUGAGAAAGAUUAUUCAUCUUUCCUUUUAUGUAUUUUGACCAUUCAGAAAAAGGGUUAUAAUAUUUCAGUUCAGUCUAUAAAAAGGCAUAACCAAAAAAAAGGUUUAG